AUGAAGAGUUUCUGUUAUAAAAAAGCAGAAUUGCAAUCCUUAUAUAUGAAUCAAAUGGAUGCUUAAUACGCCGUGCAAAGUCACCCUUUAACCAAACCCCCAAACUUUUCAGUUUCUACCAAUUAACAUGGCCGCUGCUGCUACUAACACUACUCAAACAGAAACUUCUGUGUCCUUGAAACUUCUGUUGAAUGAAGAGAGUAACAAAGUCUUGUUUGCUGAAGCAGGGAAAGACUUUGUAGACAUUUUGUGUAGCUUCUUAACAAUGCCUUUAGGAACUAUUGCAAGACUUGUGGAGAAGGAAACUAGCAUUGGUCCAGUUUCUGUUGGUUGUCUUAACUCCCUCUAUAAAAGUGUUGCAGAUCUUGAUCAAAGUUGUUUCUGUGCUGAUACAAUCAAACAAAUGCUGCUGCAACCGAUUAACUUUGCGGAAGAUUAUUGUAACACUCUUAAACUCAACAUUGAUGACGGUCAUCCCACCAAGUACUUUGCAUGUGGUAAUUUUAGCUCCCACCGCAGUCAUGAUUUUGUCAUAUCAACCAAUAAAGAUAAAUAUAAAUGCCACUGUGGUGGUUCCUUUUCCUUCCCCGUUUUGCCUAAAUGUUUCCACCAAGGAUUUGUUAACUGCAUUGCAACUUUUAUCAUAACUGAUGAUCUAAAGGUCAUGCCAAAUAGCGUUGACUAUGCUAGCUUUGGGCUUCUCCAAGAAUUCGGAAUAAAAAACACAAGUUCUGUGAAGGAAAUAGUUCUGAAUAUCUCGAAAGAAAAGGUACUUGAUUUGCUAAAACUUUCUUUGUUCUCCAAGUCUCCCUUGACUGAUUUCUUCUUAGGAAAGAAACCAUCCAUCGAUGUUUCAAGGUUUUUCACGUUUGAUGUUAAUUUUAGUAGCAAUAUCCAAAUCAUUCUGAAACUUGUUAUAAGAAAAUCAGAUGGUAAGGUUUUGUGUGCUCAAGGAGAACAAGAUUUUGCAGAUUUACUGUUGAGUUUUCUUACUUUUCCUUUGGGAGGAAUUAAUCGUAUAUUUGAUGAGAAUUUUGCUUUGGGAAGCAUUGGUGGAUUGUACAAGAGCAUUGCUAAAUUAAAUGUAAACAAAUAUUUGAUAUCAAAAGAAGCUAAGAACAGGCUUGUUGAUCCUUGCAUUGCCCCACAGAUAAAAUUAAGCAAUCAGAUAUUACCAAUUCUUGAGCCAGAAUGA